GCUCUGGCGGCGGCGGCGGCGGCGGCAGCGUCUGACCAGGGGGAGGAGGAAGCGGCGGCGGCGGCUGUGUUGAUUCGGCAGCGACGCUGACCCGGUUCACGGGCCCGUCCGAACGCUGCCCUCCUCCGGCCCUCCAUGAGCCGGGGCGCCGCCGCCGCCGCCCCCCGCCCCGGCGUCUAUGGAAGUGAUGGACGGGCCCCUCAACCUGGCUCAUCAGCAGAGCAGGAAAGCAGACCGGUCAUUAGCUGCAGGGAAAUACGAAGAGGCGAUUUUGUGUCACCAGAAGGCAGCGGCAUAUCUUUCUGAAGCCAUGAAGCUGACACAAUCUGAGCAGGCUCAGUUAUCACUGGAAUUACAAAGGGACAGCCACAUGAAACAACUCUUGCUUAUUCAGGAGAGGUGGAAAAGGGCAAAGCGCGAGGAAAAGUGGGAAGCCCGGCAGCAGCCUCCUGAGGGAACCCCUCGUCUCCUGAUGUCAGGCAGGCCGCUGGCCGAGGACGGGUCUGAGGUCCAAAGUGUGUCCAGGUCUCAGCACUUCAGUCCGUCUGCCUCAGGGCCAGGGGUCUUUGACAGGGACCCAGACACUCUACUUUUCCUUCUUCAGAAGAGGAAAGACCCGACAGAACCGUGUCCUGGCAGCAAAGUCCCAAAGGAUGACAAAACCACGAUAGAGGAGCAGGCGACCAAGAUCGCCGAUCUGAAGCGACACGUAGAGUUUCUUGUGGCUGACAACGAAAGGUUGAGAAGAGAGAACAAGCAGCUCCGUGCUGAGAAGGCCAGGCUCCAGAAGGCGCCGCUGGAAAAGGAAGUGGAUGUAGACGCCGACUUUGUAGAAAAAUCUGAGUUGUGGAGCCUGCCUCCCCCUUCAGAGACUGCCUCAGCCUCAGCCUCCUCCACCUGGCAGGAGUUUGCACCAAACACGGGGAAAGCCAAGGACAUUCCUAUCCCUAAUCUUCCUCCCUUGGACUUUCCAUCCCCAGAGCUCCCACUUCUGGAGCUCCCCGAAGAUAUUCUGAAAGGACUCAUGAAUAGUUAAAUGAAAGGUCACGGGGCUAACAUGGUGGUGGUAAGGGAGAGGAAAUCAUACAGUGAAAACAGCAAAAAGGGAAAACCACGAAGCAAGGGGUGGGCCGGUCCAGGCAGAGGAUUGCCGGAUGGACCACAGUAGGGGAAGAGGCCUGGCCAGGACUUAGAGAACGGUCACUGUGAAGCAGCCAGCACAGCCGAGGAACUGGCCAGCGCUGGGCAGGCUGGAGGUGGCCAGUGUGCACCGCGAGGGCCUGCGAUUCAAACCAAACAUGACUGCAGCAGCGGUUACUUUCCUUCUAUUAACUUCAGGGUUAUGCUAUAUGUAAUAAUUAAUCUACAAUGCCAUAAAGGAUAAUGCAGAAUUGAAUUCAUACAGGAACCCACGGGUGGCCUUGUAUUGGGAAGAUGUUUCUAUCAUGCAUUGGCUGCAUGCAUUUUGUUAUGCACAAUUUAUUAAUUCUAAUAAGGCGUGUCAGCUACACAUCUUCCUAGGAUGAUCCUACAGGAGCCGCACUUUGCACGACUCCUAACGUGAUGAUAACCUCAAGACUAUCAGGAGAAAUGUUUAAAUUUCCACUUAUGAAGAAAGGAACUCAAUUAUUAGUUAUGCUUUUUUUUUAAAUUAUCAGUUUACAUAAUUAAUCAGGGUGCAUCCUAAGUUUUAACUUUCUGUUUGCUGUAUUAAAAUGUUAGGCAUCAUUUAAGAAAUACCCAAGGAAUUAUUCCUUUGUUUUGAAUGGUGCAUGAGUGGAAGUAAUGCUAGUUGGCAGUAUUUGAUUGCAAGAAAUCAAUAAAAUAAUUGUGUUUUA